UGUUUCUUGCACAAAUCGCAUGUACUCGGCGCCGACUUCUAUUCAUUCGACAAGUGUCGCUCUCUCUCUCUCUCUCUCUCUCUCUCUCUCUCCAAAUUCCAACUCCCGCAAACUCCAUGGACGCGGCUACUUCCGAUCUCGCAGGAUUAGGGAUUGUGAUUAUGGGAGUUAGCGGCUGCGGCAAAUCAACUGUUGCAGAAUUGCUUGCGAAAGCAUUACAGUGCAGCUUUAUUGAGGCGGACGACUUCCACUCUCCGGCAAAUAAAGCAAAAAUGAGCAAGGGAAUUCCGCUAACAGACGCAGAUCGAACCCCAUGGCUCGAAGCACUCCGUGACGCUAUCAAGGAAAAGUUACUCCUCGGCGAAAAUGUGACUGUCAGUUGCUCAGCAUUGCAAAAGAAGUACAGGGAGAUUCUCAGAUCAUCAGACAUCAGUUACAAGCCUGGGAGUUUCUCUAAAUGCAGAGUGAAAUUCAUGUGUUUGGAAGCCCCGGCAGAGCUAAUCGCCGCAAGGAUGAAGAAAAGAUCAGAGGAGGGGAAACAUUUCAUGCCCGCGAGCUUGUUGCGGUCUCAGUUGGAUUUGCUUCAGAUUGACGAGGCUGAGGGAAUAAGUAAGAUCGAUGCGAGUAUGAGAUCCGAGAAAAUUGUGGAUGAUGUAUUAGUCCUAUUUAAAGGCACUUGGAGAUGUGCAUUGUGAACAAUAUGAAUCUAUUGCUUUUGAAGGAUUUGUGAUUUACAAAUAAAAGAAAAAGUUGUGUAAUCAUAUUGUAUACUUGCCUGUUCGUUUCACCGAUGGUGAAGUUCAGGUUGAAGCAGACUUUUGGAUGAAUUAAAGUUAAUAUAAAAAUUACUUUUCUUCCAUUGUUUGGUUA